AUGUCCAAAUUCAAGUAUACAGAGCAUGUCCCGUUCCGCGAGUUGAUCGUUGGAGUGGAAAAGGUUCUUCGCGUGGCUGGAAUCCCGAGUGUCCUCUGGGACACCUGCUUGUUGAGCACGUAUGGUGUUCCUGUCCAUAUGGAGUAUGUCGAUUUCGUAGUUCCUGAUCAUCAGAUAGACGCGGCCAUCCAGGCCCUGAGGGACGUGGGCUUCUCCGAUGGCCAAGACUUCCCCUUUAGGUGCAAAUGGCAGGAGAAGAAGAAAGAGGAAAUGACGAGAUCAGUUCCUUGGCCCGCUCACUGGUUCCACUUGCACUCGCUCCCCUGGACACCGGACCAGGAGUUCCCUGAAGACACCUACAACCGCAUGCAGCAGGGCAGCAUGCAUAGAGACCUCUGCCUGCAUCGAAAGUCCGAGGCCCUCUGGGCACUGCCGGAUUUGAGCCUCGAGGACCCGGCGCCGGACGACCCCAACUACAUGCUGGCAACCGACCCCCGGCUUCCCGAGGAUCGUCCCGGUUUCGGCCGUGGUCGCUUUACGGUGCCAGGCUGUCGACUCCAGAUCCCGACUCCCACCCGCUACACGGAGUCUUUGUUUCUCAUCGUUGCGCGUGAAUGGGAAAUGCUGGACAGGGGCGAGUUUUGGGUGGUCUACUUGUACUAUAUGAGUGAGUAUGUGUACAAAGUGUCAAUGGGUGAGGAUUUUAUCAGCCCUGCUACGCUGGAUCCGUCGCUCGGAAAGAUCUGGAAAGCAUAUUUGGAUGACAACCUCCCUGUGAAGGAAUACAAUCGCAAGUACAUUGUUCCCCUGCGGGAGGAUUUGAUCAGCAAGGGUGCGCUUCCGGAGACCGCGUUUCCGUGGGCAAUGAGGCAUGAAGAAGUGCGUCCCUGGAUUCUAAGAAUGAGGGCUGCUGGACGCUUCGGAUAA